CGCUUGGUGAGCUCGUGCAUUUUGUCGACUGGCCCAUUUUCAAUCUUUAAAUAGGGAGUAAUUCCUCGGUGGACCGUCUCUGUCGCUUUCUGCCCUGCAUUUUGUGUCGUUCGUUUAUUUUUAUUUUAUUUUUUUCCCUGGAAUAAAUUCCACAGAUAAAUCUCGGGAUGCCUUCACACGCAAAUGCUCAAGGUGGGAAAGCUUUCGGGUUGCUGAAGGAGCAGCAAAGGCAAAAACUGGAAGAAAUAAAUAAGGAAUACAUGGAAGACCAGAAAUACAGGGAUGAAGAUGAUCUGCCAGAGAAACUAGAAGGCUUCAAAAACAAAUAUGCUGAGUUUGACCUGAACGACCAGGGAGAGAUCGAUCUGAUGGGUCUGAAGCGGAUGAUGGAGAAGCUGGGCGCUCCCAAAACCCACUUGGAGUUGAAGAAAAUGAUCCUGGAGGUGACGGGCGGCAGCAGCAACACCAUCAACUACAGAGACUUUGUCAAAAUGAUGUUGGGCAAACGCUCGGCCGUGCUCAAGCUAGUUUUGAUUUUUGAAGACAAAGCCAACAGCACCCCUUGCAAGCCAGACGGGCCCCCUCCAAAGCGGGACAUUGCCAGCUUACCUUAGGUGAGGCUGGAGAGGGCAGCGCACAGGGACCAGCCACGUCGGCAUGGGGCGACUUUAGACGUGUGGGACCAGCCAUCUUGGGAGGGGGGUGUGUGUGUGUCAAAGUGAUGUGUGGAAGGGAUCUGUCGUUUGGGAGUCCACAACUCCCCAAGUACUGUCUUGACUGUGAAUAUUGUUCAUGUUUUUCCUUUUAAAAUGACGAUAGUUGUUUGUGUAACCCGAUAAAUUCUCUUUUUUUUUUACAAACAUGGGUGUGGUUAAAGGGAUAUUUUACGUGUGGCUUUUCUGUUUUGUCGUGCGGGUAAACGCAGCUGCUUUUGGGGGUGUGGCUUCAGAUUAGCUGCCAGUAACAACAGACCCCGCCCACUUCCUCCAGAGCUCUAACACAGAUCUGGACGCGGCGGCCACGUUAUCUUCAGCUCAUAAACAUCUCCAGAUAGGCGCUUUGAAACAUUCACCCAUUCUAGCCGCGGUAAGCAUUAAGAUUGCCUGUAGACCUUUGAGCUUCAGCUCGUCGCCUCAUGAGCAGGACAUUUCUACAUCUAUGAGGUCCAUCUCACUUUGGAAGGAGUGUGAUUUUUAACGGAACACAAGCAGAACAAAUGUAAAUAAUAGGCUUCACUACAAAAACAAUCAUAUUCUUUCCAAGUGCCUCAACAUGCAGAUACUGUAGAGCUUCAAUGCAGUGAAGGAGGAUGAGCAGAAGACCUCUUAGCCUAGCAAAUCCAGAAAAACCAUUUAUUAUUAUACAACAUCAGAAAUCUUUUUGUAUUUUUUUUUCAUUAACUAGUUUCUCAAUUUAUCCCCCUUUGAUUUCUUUGUGCAGUUUUUCUGUAAUAUUAAUUUCUGAAGUAUUUAAACCUGUAAAAAUGUUUUGAUUUACUCCAACACUCCACUGUUUGAUCAGUCACUAUUUUUGUUUGUUCUUUGAUUCUGUAAAGUGUGCCUCUGUAUUUAUCUAAAAACUUCCCCGUGUCUCAUAAAAUUCUGUGAUUUUUGGUUCUUGUACACAUAACAUGUUUUACUCUGUGGGUAACAAAUGUGUCCCAUAUUUUAGUGUCCUCGUUUUGCACACACCAAAGGAAUUAAAGUACUUCUCACAAGUG